AUGGGCCAAUAUGGACCAUCAUUUGAACAAGAAAAUUUGAAAUCUUCCUUGCAGGCCGAGGUGGCCGCGGACCAGCUCUGCGCCUGGGACGCCAACACCCGGCGCUUCGGGCUGCAGUCCCUAGGGCUGCUGGGCCCGGCCGCGGCGGAGCAUGUGCCGGCCAUGGCCAAGCUGCUGGAAGACGAGGAGCCUGAGGUGCGUCGCGCUGCUUGCGGUGCCCUGGGGCGAGUGAAAGGUGGCGCCAGCGACCUGGUGAAAGCCCUGAGAGAUGCCGAGGCAGGCGUCAGAGCCGAGGCAGCGACAGCCCUCGGUGGCCAGGCUCUGCCCGCCGGACAGCUCACUUCCCUCGCAUCCAUGGCCAAGGACGUAGAUCAGGAGGUACAGCUGGCUGCAGUGAAGUCUUUGGCCACGCUCAACCAGGCAACAUAUUUGGACCAGUUCAUGCUCAGCGGCUUUCCGACGGUGGUGCGCGCCGCCGUAAUGGAGAUGGGUCGUUGUCCCCUUGCACGUCAAGAACACUCCAGCUGUUUAAGUACGGCGCUGUCGCACGAGGACGCAUCCGUGCGCUUGGCGGCGGCUCAGGCAUGUGGCGAAUUGGGUGUCCAGUGUAAGGAGGCCCAUUUCAGAGCCCUGACGAUGCGAACAUCUGACCCACAGGUGAAAGUCCGGCGCGCUGCUGUCCAGGCCUUGGGAAGAGCAGCACCAGCAGGAGGCACACGAAUACCGGCCUUCUUCAAAGACAAGGAGGACAGCAUUCGUCACUUUGCAGCAGAGACCCUUGGUUCAACGGGGGACGAGGCCGCUGCUGCCGUCUGCGCCGAGCUCCUGGUUUCGGAUGGCCCCGCGCAUGUGAAGUCGGCGGCGCUGCUGGCGCUUGGCCGGAUGAAGCUUCCAGCUUGGUCCCCGCAGGUGGCCGGCUGUUUGCACGACCCUGAUUUGGGCACCCGUUUGGCCGCGAUUCAGGCCUUAAGUGAUCUUGGAGCUGAGAGUCAAGCCCAGGAGCUGCAGGCUCUGUCACGAGACAAGAAUAAAGGCGUCCGUCAGGCCGCCGUGGCAGCGUUGGCCAAGAUGGGGAGCGCCGGAGCGGAAGCUGCCUGCAGUUUCCUGGAAGAUCAGGAUCCAGCUGUCCGACAGUCAGCUGUGAGGGUAUACAGCCCGCUGCAUUCCAAGUUAAAGGCCAGUUUCGCCAAAGCCUACGUGGAAUUGGUCGCCCAGCGUUUGCUCGAUGAGGACUGGCGUGUGCGCCUGGCCGCAGUGGUGGCCCUGGGCGAUUUGGACGCGCGACGCUUCGCGGAGGAGCUGGGCGCGCUGCAUCAAGAUCCGGAUCUGCAAGUUCGGCGGAGUGUGGGGACCUCGGCACCCCCAAUUUCAACGAAAAACCCCCCGCCAUUCCGUCGCGCCAUGGCCGAAGUCAGCUGGGUGGAAUCGUUAGGGUUUCUGAAGGACUUCGAGGUGCGACGGCGCGCGCGCUUCGCGGAGUGGCUGGAGGCCUUUCGCGGCCGGCUGCAGGUGGAGCGACGCAAGGCGUCCUCGGCACAACUGCUGGUGGCGCAGGUGAAGGCACAACUUAAAGAGCGUGCAGAAUUGGACGAGGAGGUGAGCAAACGUCUCCGCAGCUUCGCGAGUCGUGCGCUGGCCCGCCCGGAGGACUGGUCAUGCGAGGACCUGGCGGACGCAGAUUUCUUGUCCUCGGUGCAACUGGACUGUGCCCAGCAACUGGCCGAGGUGAGCCGCUCCUUCAAGGUUCUCUUGGAGAACAGUGAGCCUUUCAAGGACCUUGAAGCUGUCAGCCGGGAGGGCUUUAAGACCAUUUUGUUGGCAGAACAACUUCUCAGAGAAGCAGAGGCCAAAGAUGCAGACUGCCUCAGUGCUUGGCAAAAACAUGAAGCCCUGUGCAAAAAGCACUUGGAAACACAAGACCUCACAGGCCUGUGGAGCUCCGAGGUGGCCUAUCGGAGGUCUGUGGCGAAGUUCGGCGACGUCAGCGAAGCGGCCCACCAGAAGGCGGCUGGGCUGACGCGGAAGCUCCGAGAGGAGGGUGAGCGCUUUCGGGCCUUGUCCAAGAGGAUCCUUUCAGAUGUGGCCGCCUGCAUGGCCAGCUGCUACAACACCCUGGCGCGCACGGCCAACGAGGCCAGCCCCUACCGCCAGCCUAGUGCUGCCCUGGAGCUGCCUCGGCUCCCUGACUGGGAACGCCCAGUCCCUCCAGAGACCGCCCUGAUGCUGAAGCAAGGCACGGUGGAGCGGCAACAGGGGCUGUUGAGACAUUGGAGGAGCUGUCAUCUGCUGUUGACCAAGGAGGGUUCUGUGCACUGCUAUGAUGGGUUGCCGGAAGCCAGUGGGCCUGUGUGGUCGGGUAGACCUGGAGAAGGUGCUUCCUUGCGUGUCGACACAGCGGCACGCACCUUGAGCCUCUACCCAGCACGAGAGUGGCUGAAACAGCGCUGGAGGCUUACGCUGCGAGUAGCGACUUUGGAGGAGCUUCUGGACUGGGAGCAACAGCUUGGGUCGCACUGGCGGCAAGGGCCUGAGGUGCAGGAGGUGCAGGAGGUGCAGGAGGUGCAGGAGGUGCAGGAGGUGCAGGAGGUGCAGGAGGUGCAGGAGGUGCCUGCCGAUGCAGAGAGGCCGUGGCCGACGGAGCCAGCUGAAGGAGAGCUUGGAGACUCACCCGAGGUUUCCGAGAUCCAAGAGAUCACGGCAGAGGUUCCGGACAUGGCAGAGACCGUGGCAGCUCAAGGUGCAAGCCCCGCCCUGGUCGCUUGCUUCCUGGGCGAUAGCGACGAAGCCGUCCGCAACGAUGCUCAAAGGAUUUACGAGGCGUUGGCAGGUGAGGAGGAGCUUUCAGAGGCCGAUUGA